GUCGUAAAGCCUGUAAUUGAAAAGACAACGAGUUUCCGGUCCAGCUCUCAGUUGGCACUCAGACUGCAUUCAAGGUCCAGGCAUCCUACGACGUCUUUCAAUCCACUUACCAGGAUUUCUUUCAACCGAUUCUUGCAAUUGCCAACAUACCUGUCGACCUCCAAAACAUCUUUAAAGCUCUCAUCCAACCUCGACUAUGGCGUCUUCCCCAAAGUCCCAAACCAGCCCUCUCCUCCCUCCAACAUCCAAGGACCACCUCUCUAACACUCCCAACCGCCUCACACAAGGCGCAAUCAACGUUCUCUCUAUCACCCGCCUAGUUGCUGGAACCGCCUGCGUCAUCGCGCCAGGCUUCACCACUGGGUUAUUCCGGAUCCCCGUAUCCGGCCAAGCCCUAAUCCUCCCACGUAUAUUUGGCGUGCGGGAGGGGGUACUGGCAGAACUGCUUUGGACAGCAGAGGGCACACAGAGCGAUAAAUGGGAGCUGAAACGCGCCCUCUGGGCGGGAGUCGCGGCGGAUACGCUGGACGUAGCGAGCUGUGCCUUUGGACUGGCGACGGGUGCAUUGAGUAGACCGGCUGCUGGGCUGUUUGGCGGUGGCGCGACAAUCUUUCUGGCGCUGGGAGCGAUCGGAUUGAGAGGUGUCUAAGGGGCAUCGGGGUGGUCAACUCUCACGUACGGGAUCUGGAGCGUAGCACCUAAGACGUAGCUUCUAGUAUGAAGGUUGUAGUGAUGGAGAUAGUGAUAAAUAGCGUAAUCAGAGUCUUUCUAAAAUUUCCAUGCCUACCCGCGUAUACUAACUUUAUAGUGCUCAACGAGCAUUUGAAUGGGUUUGAAGGGGUGCUUCGCAAGAAAAGGCCAUGUUGAAUGAAGAGGAGGGAAGAAGCUUUUAGAGCUACGUCUGAACCACCAACGGCCGCGGGUUGACACAGAUGCUUAAUGGAAUCGCG